UGCUGUGUGACGAGUGACGAGUGACGACUGACGAGAGAGACAACACAGAACAGAACAGAACAUGUUUCUUUGGAGCCCGUUAAAUUUCAAGUAAUGAGAGAGAGCGAUUCAAGCAAAGUUGUCUGCAAAUUUCCGUCUAGUUGAAGAUAGAGUAAGGAUGAAGGAGCAGAGCGAUGAUAAAUUGAAAUCCAGCAGGAAUGACGAAGAGAAAGUCGUAGAUUACCACAGCAACAACGUGAAGAAAGUUAGGUUAAAUUCAACUCUUGCCGCGCUGCUCGACGAUCCUAUUCUCGCCGAUGUCCCCAAGAAUCCGACCUUGUCCGACGUCGAUACGCUCAUCAGCCUCGAAUUGGGCAGCGCCAUGCGCAUCUCCGUCCUCAAGCUCGACGGCGCCGCCAUUGAUGUGGCGAUCAUGAACUCCGCGACACUGAAGGACUUGAAGCUUACCAUCAAGAAGAAAGUAAACGACAUGGAGCAGUCCAAGAUGGGGCAUCGCCACAUUUCAUGGAAGCAUGUGUGGGAAAAUUUUUGCCUAGCACACCACAACGAGAAGCUUCUGGAUGAGGGUUCCGCGCUUCAGGAUUUCGGAAUCCGCAAUAACUCACAGGUGCAUUUUGUUCCAUACGUGGCGUCAAAGAAUUGCCGAAGGCAUUCUCGAAGGAGAAAACACCGUUUCUUUCACGGUCUCAACAAGCGCGCAUGAACAUAUGCUUCCGAGGGUGCUUCUCGAGCACAAAUUUUGUAAGCUUGAGUUCGCACAACAAUUUUUGUAACUGGAAUUGAACUAUAUAAGUGAAUGAACCGAGUUAUGGAAAUUUGAUUUGAAUCGUGCAAGAUUUGGCUAUGCGAUGAGCAGAUUCAUUUUUGUUUUUCGAUUUAGAAACCGACAUUCAAAUGAAGGAAUUUGGUUAAUCUCUCAUAACUCUCUGUAAUCAUCAUGUUGAUCGAAGCUCAAAAUAAAAUCAAUUGGAUUAAAAUGGAUAAA